AUGGACGUCCAUGGCUCCCGGUUGACGCUGCCUGGUCUACGAUUCUGGAGGCGGCCGUCAGAGGGCUAUGAGCUGACCGUGUUUGACAGGCUACGAGAGAAAGAAACACUCCCGCCACGCAUCGAGUACCAGCUUCGUCCUGACUGGCCCACCAUGAAUUCUCGAGAGCACUCGGAGAUCCCGCCAGCUCCGUCGUACCCUUCGCCCAACGCUGCUCAGAUAGCGCAGGGCACCGUGUCUUACUAUGCCAACCAGCGCCAUCUGACCGCAGAUGAGCUUCAUUUGUCUGCAGAGCUGUCCCGCGAGGUGGCCGGGGCCAGCGUGGAUGGCGGGAACGCUGCGUCGGUAGCUGCUGCUGCCACUGCUGCUGCGGCGGCGGCGAACGGGCUGCCCCAUAGCCAGGGGAUGGUGCUAGGCUCAUCUGGGCCCAACGCUGACGGAACUGUGGGCGUUGACCAGCAGCAGGUUCGCCAGCAGCAACGACAGCAACAGCAGCAAGAUCACCAGGUGCAGCAGCCUUCCCAGGGCCAGCAGCAUAUGCUUCAGUUCUCAUCUACCCAGCAGUCUGGAGUCGACCCCAACCAUGACUUGAGCUAUGGGGACCAGAGCGCUCGCCGGAAACGCUCAAAGGUCUCUCGCGCAUGUGACGAGUGUCGUAGGAAGAAGGUCCGAUGUGAUGCCACCUCGGAAGCUGGUGUGGAGACAUGUUCAAACUGUCGCCGUACUGGCGCAACAUGCGAGUUCAGCCGCGUUCCAAUGAAGCGAGGUCCAAGCAAAGGAUACAUCAAGGAGCUGGCAGACCGUAUCAACAGCCUGGAGACUCAAAUGCAGCCACCAAUGCAACCAGGGGAUAUGCACUAUCAGCAAAUGAACGAAGAUGGCACAUCUGGUCGGGGCUAUCAGGACUUCUCUCCAUCUAUCGAUAACCAGGGUCUCACUCGGAAGAGAACCCUCUCCAUGUCUGAAGGACUUCCUAAUGCCUUCAUGCAACCCCCUUUCAUCCAAGGCGCUCGGCCUACAUCAGUAGGCGGAUGGCCGGUGCAAGGACCAACGAAGGAUGCAGCUCAUGCAGCUGAUCUAGCUGCCCUAGACGAAUAUGGUACAGUACAAAAUGGAAGUACACGG